AAACCAUAAAAUUAUGAGAUGUAAUAUCUAAAACGUCUGAAGAUUGCAGUACAAUAAUACGUAUUCAGUAGUAUAGUUUUGGAAUUCAAAGUCCCAAGUUGGUGGUAUUUCACAUUUCCUAGAGAGAGAGAGAGAGAGAUAGAGGGAAAGAAAGAGAGAGAUGUUAUGAGUAUUUUUACGCGCUAAAUGAGUGUAGAAUAUUAGUUGGAUUUAUUUACAUCAAUGUACUCUUUUUUCCAUAAAAUGAAUAUCGAUCAGAAGGUCGGUACAGUUGCUACUGAGACGCUUAUAACGUUAUGAGCGAAAUGAUUUAUUCGUCACCUUCAAAAGUCUUGAUUGCUAUAUAAAUUGUAGGAUACUUCUAGAAUGUUCUUACCGGUGUGUACAGAAUCUCCCAACACAUUAAGCUAACAACGAUGAUACAUUAUUUCAAAUUAUUAUGCGGAAAUAAUUAUCUGUUUGUCUAACUAUUUCUAUAUUGGUAAUUGUCAUUUUGUAUCAAAAUCAAGAGUCACAAGGUUGUAUAGAAAAUUUAUAGGAAUAAACGCAAAUGCACUUUAGAAUUUGUAUUUGUUUGAUUAUAUUAUUUUGUGUCGGGUACUUGUAUGGUGAUUUCCGCCAAGAACAAGCCAAGGUGAGAGUGUGCAAUCCGAAAUACAUAAAGGACUGCAUCGUGUUUACCGGUAGAAAGAGCCGGAAGGAUAAAGUGUACCGCACCAACAUGACUGGAACACUUCUUGUGCCCUUUGGGAAUAACGUGUCGUUUGCGUUGACUUUUACAAUGAAGUCCGGCGGUGAUUUCCGCAUAGUUGCUAAGGCGUGUGACACCGUCAAGUCUAAGUGGUCUCGCGAGUUCAUGCAGCAGUUCACGAAUAUUCCACUUAGCAGAUGUCCUUUUCCCCCAGGUACAUAUAAAUACACGAACAUGGAACUACCUCCGAAGAACAUCCCGAUUCCCCUGGCUGAUGGUGACUACUAUUUGAGGAUGGAGCUGUUUAUCACGGCCACCAAGGAACCCAUAGUGGACAUCCUGACGUUAUUGCAUUUCGAUGACAGCAAACCACGCAAGGGAUAAAUAAAUAUUACUGAAUUGUUUCUGUA